AUGGGCCGACGCUCACGAACAUCGCCGCUCGCCGGCAUCGCACUCUUCUUUGCUAUCUUGCUCGCUGUCUUGUGUUUCUGCCCCGCGGUCGCGGUUGCUGACGACGAGUCGAGCACUAGCGAAUAUGGAACUGUUAUCGGUAUCGAUUUGGGAACUACCUACUCUUGUGUUGGUGUACAACGUGGUGGCCGGGUAGAGAUUAUCGCCAACGACCAGGGUCACCGUAUCACACCGUCAUGGGUAUCUUUCUCCGAUGAGGAGCGUCUUGUUGGUGACGCCGCGAAGAACGCCUUCGCGUCCAACCCCGAAAACACCGUAUUCGACGCCAAGCGUCUCAUCGGUCGCAAAUUCGACGAGCCUGAACUCCAAAAGGAUAUGAAGCACUGGCCAUUCUCCGUCGUUAACCGCGGAGGCAAGCCCGUCAUUUCGGUCCAGCAUCACGGCGAGAAGCGUGAAUUUACCCCCGAGGAGAUUUCCGCUAUGGUUCUUGGCAAGAUGAAGGAGACCGCCGAAGCGUACCUCGGAAAGAAGGUCACCCACGCCGUCGUCACUGUCCCCGCCUACUUCAACGACGCUCAGCGUCAGGCGACCAAGGACGCCGGUACCAUCGCCGGUCUUACCGUUCUCCGUAUCAUCAACGAGCCCACCGCCGCCGCCAUCGCCUACGGUCUUGACAAGUCAGAGGGCGAGUCGCAGAUCAUCGUCUACGAUCUUGGCGGUGGAACUUUCGAUGUCUCCCUCUUGUCGAUCGACGACGGCGUCUUCGAGGUUCUCGCGACUGCUGGUGACACCCAUCUUGGUGGCGAGGACUUCGACAACCGCGUCAUCGAGUACAUGCUCAAGCAGUACCAGAAGAAAACUGGUACCGACGUUUCGAAGAACCUUCGUGCGCUCGGCAAGCUCAAGCGUGAGGUCGAGAAGGCCAAGCGCACGCUCUCCGCCCAGCAAUCGACUCGCAUCGAAAUUGAGGCCUUCGAGAACGGUAACGACUUUUCCGAGACGCUUACCCGCGCCAAGUUCGAGGAGCUGAACAUGGACCUCUUCCGUCGCACUAUGAAGCCCGUCGAGCAGGUUCUCAAGGACGCCGGCGUCAAGAAGUCGGAGGUUCAUGAGAUCGUUCUCGUUGGUGGUUCCACUCGUAUCCCCAAGGUGCAACAGCUCCUUAAGGAGUUCUUCGGCGGCAAGGAGCCUUCCAAAGGCAUCAACCCCGAUGAGGCCGUCGCGUACGGUGCUGCUGUCCAGGGUGGUAUCCUCUCCGGUGACGAGAGCUCGCCCGACAUCGUCCUCGUCGAUGUUUGCCCGCUUACGCUCGGUAUCGAGACCACCGGCGGUGUCAUGACUAAGCUUAUCCCCCGCAACACGGUCAUCCCCACUCGCAAGAGUCAAAUCUUCUCGACCGCCGCCGACAACCAGCCCACCGUCCUGAUCCAGGUCUACGAGGGCGAGCGUUCGCUGACGAAGGACAACAACCGUCUCGGUCAGUUCGAGCUCUCCGGUAUCCCGCCAUCGCCCCGUGGUGUUCCCCAAAUCGAGGUCACCUUCGAGGUUGACGCCAACGGUAUUAUGAAGGUUUCCGCGGCCGACAAGGGAACCGGCAAGUCCGAGUCCAUCACGAUCACCAACGAGAAGGGUCGUCUCUCUAAAGACGACAUCGAGCGCAUGAUCCGCGAGGCCGAGGAGUUCGCCGCGGAGGACGAGGCCCAGCGCGCACGCGUCGAGGCUCUCAACUCGCUGUCUUCCUUCGUCUAUGGCCUCAAGUCGCAACUCGGUGACCAGGAGGGUCUCGGCGGCAAGGUCUCCGACGAGGACAAGAAGACGCUCCUCGCGCUCGCGAAGGAGACCACCGACUGGCUCGACGCCGAGGGUAAUUCUGCGACUGCGGAGGAACUUGAGGAGAAGCUGCAGGAGGUGCAGGCUGUUGUAAACCCGAUCACCGCGAAGAUGUACGAGGGCGCUGGCGCGGGUGGAUUUGGUGGUGAUGAGGAGCAAGAUCCCUUCUACGCACACGAUGAGCUGUAA